AAACGGAAUUACGCCUGUUGUUAGAUUUCUUUCUAAUUGCUAGAUACCGUAUUACUCAGUCUUACGAUUCUCUCACAAGAGUGGACGUUUAUCUUCUUCUUCAUGUUUUGUACCUCGCUGUAUCCCACGAGCAUAUCCGCCGAUUCGUCAAGAAACCCCCUGGACAAGGUGCAGCCGAGCCGGAAAGUCCCUAGGGCCGGCCCACGAAUUCCCACUAGAUCCGGUCCUGUUGGCUGCGCCCCACAUGCACCUGUUCGCCAGCCCUGGGGUGCUUCAGCGGACCGCCAAGAAGGUCAGGCGGUGACCAGUUGGUUAUCCACGCUGCCACGGUGAGUUCGCACUACGAGGAUAGUUGAAGUUGGACCGCCUGCCAUGUGAAUCCUGUUUUACCCGCCGCCGGAGCUUCGAGACCCGCAGCCACAUGCUGGCAGCCACUGGCGGUCAGAGUGGAAGAAGGCAAAAGGGAAGGGGGCAGCAGAGUGCGAGCACGCCAAGGUCGACCGAAUCGUAAAUCCGGGGGAAAAGCGGCUAAACAUCCCGCGGUCUGCCGUGGCCGUUGGCUGUGUGUGUGCCCCACCAACAACAGACAAUCCCAUGCUGUGUGGCGAGUCGGUUGGUCGAUUGGUUGGUCGGUUGGUCAUUGACUUUCCAGCCCACCGCCGCGAACUCCACCAGGCCAAUGCCCUCAUUUUGAGUGUUCUCGAGUCUAGUUUCACUCUCGCUCGCCCACGCCACAGCAUUUAGAGCUUCUGAAUAUGGCAUGCGAAUAGGCUCAUCCGGUGCAUGUCGAGAUAAGGAAAAGCCUAAUACCUGACCCCGGCCCCGAGGAUCGAUCGGCUGCAGCAGCCGUUGAGAUGCUCCUGAGCCAGAUCGCGGCAAGCACCUGAACCUGCAUGCAUGACAUCGAUUUUGCUCGGCAAGAGGGCCACUAGGCCCAAGUGGUGAUCCACACCACCACCCUGCCACCCCGGAAAGCUGCCCAGAUCCCGGCCAGAAUUCUAAAUAAGCUCAGUAUAAUCAUUUAGUAAUGGACGCUGUUCGUAGCGCAUAAAGAGGCAGGCACGACACGCUGCGCAGAAAAUAACCACAUCAGACAUCCCAGCAACAGUACCCAAGGGUCCUUGGCUUUUUCUUCUUUCCCCCCCCCCCCGGUGUAUCUUCUCCCGUCGAACAGGAAAUUUGAGCCCGUGAGAUAAACGUCCACCAGACUUGGGACUCAACACCAACCACCACCCUCCAAGCACCCAGCGAGGAGCAGCCAUGGCCGACGAAGACAUCGUCAAGACGGACCUCCUGAUAGUGGGCGCAGGCCCAGCAGGCGCGGCACUAGCAUGCUUCCUGGGCUCGCACGGCCUCAAGGGGAUCAUGAUCGCCGCGGCGCCGGGCAACGCCGACACGCCGCGGGCGCACAUCACCAGCAUGGCCGGGCUCGAGUGCCUGCGGGACGUCGGGCUGGAGCAGGCGUGCUGGGACGCCAGCACAAAGGGCGACAGCAUGGAGCACACGCGGUGGUGCCGCAGCAUGGCGGGCGAGGAGUUCGCGCGCAUCCACAGCUGGGGCAACGACCCGGCGCGGCACGGCGACUACGCGGCGGCCUCCCCCUGCGCGCACGUCGACCUCCCGCAGACGGAGCUCGAGCCCAUCCUGACGCGGCGCGCGACCCACUCCGGCUGGACGGUGCGCUUCAACACGCGCCUGCUGACCUUCUCCCGCCCCGCGCGGGACCAGAUCAUCUCCGAGGUGCGCGACGACGUGCUGGGGAGGACGUACCGCAUCCAGUCGCGCUUCCUGUUCGGGUGCGACGGCGCCCGCAGCCAGGUCGUGCGCGAGCUGGGGAUCCCGCUGAUCAAGAAGCCCGGGCAGGGCCUGGCGCUCAACAUCUUUGUCGAGGCGGACCUGUCGCACCUGAUCCCGAACCGCUCGGGGAACCUGCACUGGGUGUUCCAGCCCGAGAGGGACUACCCGCCGUGGGGGUGGGCCGUCAUCGCGAGGAUGGUCCGCCCGUGGAAGGAGUGGAUGUUCAUCUGCCUGCCCGUCCCCGGCGCGGACGUCUCGGCCGACCAGUUCAGCCCCACCGAGGAGGAGUGCAUCGCGCGGUGCAGGGAGAUCAUCGGGGACGACUCGGUCGAGGUGCGCAUCAAGGACGUGAGCAAGUGGUGGAUCAACGAGAUCGUGGCCGAGUAUUACUCGGACGGGAACGUCUUCUGCUUCGGCGACGCCACGCACCGCCACCCGCCCUUCAACGGCCUGGGCUCCAACACGUGCAUCCAGGACGCCUUCAACCUGGCCUGGAAGAUCUCCUACGUCAUGAAGGGCAAGGCCGGCCCCGAGCUGCUGGACUCGUUCAGCACGGAGCGGCAGCCCGUGGGCCAGGACGUCAUCACGCGGGCGAACCAGGGGCUCCGCGACCACGGCGGCUGGAUCAAGGCCACGGGCAUGGACCACCCGGACAAGGAGGAGCGCGCCCGGAUCCUGGCCGAGUUCGAGGACCCGGGCCCGCAGGGCCGCAGGCGCCGGCGCGAGUUCCAGAAGGGCAUCGAGGACACGGCGAGCGAGUUCCACGGGCUCGGCAUCGAGAUGAACCAAAAGUACUUCUCGGGCGCCGUGUACCAGGACGACGAGCCCGAGGGCGCCGCGCCGCCGCCGCCCGCCGACCCCGUCAAGGAGCUGCAGAUCUCCACGUUCCCGGGCCGGCGGCUGCCGCACGCGUGGCUCAACGAGCGCACGCCCAGGGAGAGGUUCUCGACCAUCGACCUCGCCGGGCACGGGCGGUUCUGCCUGCUCACCGGGCCCGGCGGCCAGGCGUGGAAGGCCGCCGCCGAGGAGGUCACCAGGGCGCUCGGCGUCGAGAUCAAGGCGUACUCUAUCGGCUGGAAGCAGGACUAUGAGGACGUCUACUUUGACUGGGCGAGGAGGAGGCAGGUCGAGGAGGACGGCUGUGUCCUCGUGCGCCCGGAUCGCUUUGUCGCAUGGCGGUCCCAGGAGAUGAUACCCGACGCGGCGGCGAAGCUGGACAAGGUGAUGCGCAAGAUAUUGUCCCUGAAAUGAGCUCUACAUUGUUAUAGAUAGAAUGUCACUUUUACGUGGAUAGAUAGAGGCAGCCUAGCGAGAUGUCCUUGACCCCAAUCAGUGUAUUUCCGCACAUUUACGGAGACCGCUGCCAGAGGUCUUUCCAGAACUGCUUGAAGCCGUAGUGAGGCGCUCGGGAGUCGUAGACCUUGCUGGACUUGCCCUCCAUCACGAAGCGGUCCAGCAGGCUGCCGGGCUGGGGCGCGAGCUGGCCCUGCACAGGCCUGGACGGACCCCGGGCACGCUCCUUGAUCUCGUUGGCAACCAGCGGCGCAACAUCGGCGAAGCAGGCCUUGAGCUCCCUUUCCAGGGAGAAGUAUGGCUUCUUCGCCAGCUCGGGCGCCAUCAGGUUGUAGGCCCGUGUGAGCGUGUUCAUGUUGCUGAUGGCCAGCUCCAUGUACGAUCGUUCGGUGGCCUCCCAGGCGGGGUCCCGGAAGGGUCUGGUCAGUGUGAUCUCUGGCUCAGAAGUCACAGCUGGGGAUGGGGAAGGGACCUCGGAUGGGGACACUGGCAGCGCCUCUUGCCUCAUAGCCACCAUGACCACGUCGUCUGUCGUAUUUGUAGGCACGGCCACCUGAUCCGAGUUCCUUCGACGGGGGUUGUGGACCUCCUCCGCACGGGCAUAUUCCUCGGCGGCGCGCAUCUGCUGCUCUAGGGAGCCGCCGCGGCUCGCAAUCGUCCUGGCGGCGUGCCGCUUCCAGUCAUUCCGCAGCCGGGCCCUGAAGACGUUCGCGGCCUUGACGAGUUCCUGUUGCUUUUCUAUCCACGGCGGCACCAUGUCUUGCUUCUUGAUCAUCUUGUUCAUGAUGUAUUCCGUCGUGUCUAUAAAAGGGUUGUCGGCCCUCGCAUCGCGCUCUACCCCUUUCCCGCGCGGUAUGUGUUUGAACUGGCCCCUUGCAAUCGCAUCCUCGAUUCUCUCGUUCGCCAGAGACUGGAGGCCAGAGAUGGUGUUUGGCAACGCCCGCGCCGCCGGGGUGAAGCGGUCGCGCAGCUCCUUCUUCAUGGCCUCCCUCUCUUGGUCGCUGAGGCCCUUGUCCUUGUCUUUUGCGGCCAUCCCGGCGUACACAGAAGCAGCCUCCUUUGCAUUGGCCACCUUCCUGCCGGGAGUUAACACAGGCGGCUUCUUAAGCCGCAUGUCCACUGGAAUCCCGGGCUGUGGCAUGUUUGGCUUCCCCCGCAGCCCGGGCCUCAGAGGCUUGUGUGCAUCGUUGAGCAUCCGCAGGACGGCGUCGGACUCGGUCUCUGUGCCCGUCCACGGCUGCGCGGUCGCGACGUCGCGGGUGCCCCGGCCUGCUGCCUCAGGUAUAUUGCUCGUGAGCCCUGCCUCCCGCAGCGAGGUGGCAUGCUCUUCGCGGAACUUGGCGUCGGCGACCUUGUCUAGCAGGCGCUGCUUAAGCUCUUCGCUAAACCCGGCGUCCUCGAUGGCUCGCCGCCCGGCCCGUCCUCCUGUGAGAAGAGCUUCCUCGGUUGCCUCUUCCAACCGUCGGGCCAUGGGCCCUGGUUCUGAUUUGCCUGCAUCUCGGUUUGAACUCGAAUCAUUCGACGUAGCUGGGGAGGGGGGCUCGAGAUUGGGUGGUUUGGUUCCCUCCGAGUAUGCGCGGCAUCCGUUGUGGAUUAUGGCUGGCGGUGUUGGACGGACAGGCCAUUGAUGAAGGCAUUUCAAAAUCUGUCCUGGCACGCGACACGAAGUGGCCAUGCUGUUAUGUGGGUUGAGGAGGCUUCAUAGGAGCGAGGCAUAGCAGCAACGGUUGCUCCUCGAGGAGCUUGGCGCCGCCGCGACGACGGGUCCUGUCGAUGACGGUCUGAA